GUGCUCGUAUGUCCCUACCGGCCGCCGUCGGCCGCGCUUGCGCGGUUUCGGGCAUGGCGGUGGCUGGGCUCCGGAGUGUCCUCUGGCAGCGGGCAGCUGCCCGGCUGCAGUUGGCGCGGGCUGCCGUGGCGGAGCCCGCGGGGGUGCGGGCGGCCUCGCAGAUGACCCAGGACAUGUUGCCCGGGCCGUAUCCUCGCACGCCGGAGGAGCGGGCAGCUGCCGCGAAGAAGUACAACAUGCGGGUGGAGGAUUAUGAGCCCUACCCUGACGACGGCUUCGGUUAUGGUGAUUAUCCCAAGCUCCCUGAUAAGUCUCAGCAUGAGAGAGACCCCUGGUACAAGUGGGACCAGCCAGACAUGAGGCAUAACUGGGGAGAGCCGAUGCACUGGGACUUUGACAUGUAUACUCGGAACCGUGUUGAUACAUCCCCCACUGUAGUACCCUGGCACAUCAUGCGCAGACACUUCUUUUUCUUUCUGGGUACCAUGCUGGUCAUGUUUGUUAUUGGAGGGAUGUAUCCAUCUUAUAUGCCUGUGGGACCGAAGCAAUAUCCCUUCAAUGACCUGUAUCUGGAGAGAGGAGGAGACCCCAAUAAAGAGCCACCAGUGGUGACACACUAUGAAAUCUGAAAGUUGUUGGAGUGCUAUGCUUUCCUCUGACACCAAUGCUGGGGAUGGCAUCUUCUCUAGCAUUCACUGUGUUAACACUUGUCCUUCAAGGUUUAACCACUAACUGCAGUGAAAUAAACCGAUGACAUCUAC